CUGAGUCUUUACAAAACAGUCUGUGAAGAUCAGAGACAUUGUUCUUGUCUGGGAUUUAUGUCUUUAAAUUUCACCUUUGGUUACUCAGCUAUGCAGGUCUCCUUAGGAGAGUAACCAGGCUGCCCUACUAAUGGAGGCACGACUUUCUGGCAACAGAAGGGAUCUUCUCAUCACAUGCACCAUUUAUUAGCCUCUUCAGUAGAAUUAUCAGAGCACAGUGCCAGACGUCAUUCAGCUCAGAGAUGAAUAACCAAAGAGUAGUCUACUCGGAGUUGAAUCUGACCAAGGGCCCAAAGAAGCAGCAAAGGAGACCAAAGGGCACUAAAAUCUCCAUUUCAGACACUGAAGAGGAAAUAACCUAUGUGGAAUUAAACCUUCAAAACGUUUCUCAAGAACGUCAAGGGAAUGACAAGAAUGGCCAUUGCAAAGAUUCAACUCUCCCUCCAGAGAAGAUCAUUUCUGGGAUCCUGGGAGUCAUCUGCUUUGUCUUAAUGGUCACUGUGGUGGUAACAAUGACAAUUGCUAUUCCCUCUACUGCAAUACAGGAACAGAACAAUUCUUCUCAUAUAAGAAGAACCCAGAAAGCAUUGCAUUGUCAUCAUUGUCCAAAGGAGUGGUUAAUAUAUUCCAACAGUUGUUAUUAUACUAGCAUGGAAAAAAAAACUUGGAAUGACAGUGUGAUGGCCUGUGCUUCUAAGAACUCAAAUCUGCUCUAUAUAGAUCAUGAGGAAGAAGUGAAAUUUCUAAGUUCCCACUCAUUUCUAUCAUGGAUUGGAGUCUUUCGUAAGCACUCUCAUGAUUCAUGGAUAUCAGUAAAUGGCUCAACUUUCAAACUAAAAAUAAAAGAACUGUCAUAUGGUGAACAUAACUGUGCUAUGUUAUCCUUAUCUGGCCUUCAAUCAGACAGUUGCAAAUCUUUAAAAACAUAUAACUGUAAGCAUAAGCUCUAGAAGUAACACACUGGAAUUUGGAGUCUGCCAGGGCCAGCGUUGCAGCAUAGCCAGUAAAGCUUCUGCCUGCAGCACCAGCAUCCCAUAUGUGAACCAGUUUGAUUCCCAGAUGCUACACUUCCAAUGAAACUCCCUGCUAAUGUGCCUGGGAAAGCAGCAGAGGAUGACCCAGUGCUUGGGCCCCUGCACCCAUGUAGGAGAAAUGGAAGAAGCUCCUAGCUCCUGGCUUCAAACGUCAAACCAGUCUGGCUCUAGUCUUUGUGGCCAUUUGGGGAGUAAACCAGUGGAUGGAAAAUUGAUCAAUCGAUCUCUCUCUCUCCCUCCCUCCCUUCUUCCCUCCCUCCCUCCAUGUCUCUCCCUCUGUGUGUGUGUAACUCUUCAUUUCAAAUAAAUAAAUAAAAUCUUUUUAA